CAUCUGGCCAUAUCCCCGGGAUCACUCAACAGCUCCGCCUCUUCGCCAGUGAUUGGCCGCCGGAACUGUAGCUCAGGAGAGGCACACAGGCGGCCAAUCACCCGGCGAGGAGGAGGAGCCGAGCAGCAGCGCGAAAGAUCAAAGAAGAUCGAGCAAGGGAGCGGCUGGACAAGGAAGACAGCUGACAGGUAAGUGUCUGUAGCGUAUGCUGGCUGUAGAUGGGAGAGGGAGGGAGCGAGCCCAGGCUGGAGGAGGAGUCAGCAAGGUAAGUAUCAUUGGUGUCAGUAGGAG